GACAAUCGUUAUUUCAGACUAAAUAAAAUUUCAACAUCUGUUAUUGGCCAAUGGCCCUAUCAAUCCAGAAAGAAACACAUUAUAAUUUCGACUUGUUUUCUUCUUUUGAAUAUUACUCUUGCAAUAGGAGCGGUCAUCGGUUUGCUCACCCUUGAACUUAAUUUUGAUGAAAUCAUAAACAACCUGACAAUCAUUAUAACUAAUUUGAUUGGAGCUACAAAAAUGUCCAAUAGCAUCAUGAGUAUGAGAAAGAUGAGAAGUCUUCUUGAGCAAAUAAAGUCUCAUUGGUUAUUAAUGUCUAGUCGGGAAGUUGACAUUUUAAAAGAAUAUGCUCUCAAAGGGAGAUUUUUAAUAAUAGCAUACGCAGUGACUGUUUAUUCUGCCGCUUGUAUGUUUAUAUUUUCAACAUACAUUCCGCCAUUUCUUGAUAUUAUCAAGCCUUUAAAUGAGUCUAGACCUAUGAAAAGAGCAUACAGCUCAAAUUAUUUUCUGGAUGAAGAAAAAUAUUUUUUCUUCCUUUUAUUUCACGAAAAUUUGGUUGAGUUCAGUAAUAUGACAACAAUAAUAUGCGUUGAUAUUAUGUAUGUGAAGUUUGUGGAACAAACCUGCGGUAUAUUUUCCGUUCUGCGAUACCGAUUGGAAAAUAUUAUUAAAAAUUCUGAUACCGCAAGAUCUUGUUCCAAAAGAGAUGAAGAAAUAACAAAUGAAAUUUCUCUGUGCAUCGCUUACCACCGAAAUGCCAUCACAUAUGUUGAAACCAUUGAAUCAAUUUAUGGAGUGGCAUUAUUUAUCCAAAUUCUGAUGUGCAUGGCGUUACUCAGCACUACAGGAUACGUGACAGCCAUAAAAUUAGAAACAUUUGAGGAAUUCGUGCAAGUUCUGCCCUUUGCACUUGGACAAAUAUUACAUGCAUUUUAUAAUAUUCUGCCAGGACAAAAAUUGAUUGACUCCAGUGAAGAAAUUGGGCAUUCUGUAUACGGUUUAGAGUGGUAUCGAAUGCCUAUUAAGGCUCAAAAACUCCUUCUUUUAAUAAUGCUUAGAAGUCAUCGUCCGUGUAAAAUAAGAGCAUUUGGUGGAUCAUUCGCUCUUUCUAUGGAAACAUUUAGCGCGAGCAUGAAGACCUCGUUUUCUUAUUUUACCGUUUUGCUGUCCAUGCGAAAUUAACAAUAAAAAAAUGCAAAAUUAACAACAAUCAAUUGAUACCGGUUGCAUCUGAAAGUACAAAAACCGAACUUCUCAUUUCUUUGCUGAUUAGAAGUUCCCCAGCGGGCACGAAAUUUGGCGACGUUUUUACGACAUCUCCACAACAACUUUAAGACAUCCUCUGCCCAUGUCGUUAAGAUUUUUUUACGAUAUCGUGAAUAAGUCGCAUGAUCUGGCGAUGUCUUUUUGACCUCGCAAAGACAGCGAAACGACAUGGUCAUAGGAUGCCGUAAAGAUGUCGUAAAUACGUCGUCAAAUUUUGUGCCCACUGGGUCUCGCUUUGGUUCGAAACGUUUGGUGGAAACCUUUUACUUUCUCCUGACUCAUUUUAGAUUUACUAAGUUAAUCAAUAUAAUAAUAAGACUAGCGUCUAAG